CUUUCUGCUUUCCUGAAUCCAGCAGCAGACCAGAGCCAGCAAGAGGAGAGGGGGUGGAAGAAAGCACUUGAAGAGAACUGAACAUUUGCACUGGUGCUGUGAGCAGCUUUGGUGGUGAAAGGCUUGCUGAGCCAGAAAGAUGCGUGAGUAUACAGAAAAGAAGGAAACAUGUGGGACCAUCUGUCUGAAGUACCUGCUCUUCAUCUUCAACUUCUUUUUUUGGCUGGCUGGUGGGGCUGUGAUGGCAGUGGGUGCCUGGACCCUAGCUGAGAAGAGUGACUACAUCAGCCUGCUCUCCUCCAGCACCUAUUCUGCAACUGCUUAUAUUCUGGUGGUGGCUGGGGUGGUGGUCAUGGUUACUGGCAUCCUUGGGUGCUGUGCCACCUUCAAAGAGCGCCGGAAUUUGCUGAGAGUGUACUUCAUAUUGUUGCUGUGCAUCUUUCUCCUGGAGAUCAUUGCUGGAAUCCUGGCCUAUAUCUAUUACCAGCAGCUGAGCAUGGAGCUGAAGCAAAAUCUGAAGAACACCAUGACCCAGAAGUACCGUAAGGAGGGAGAAGAGAGUGUUACCAGUGCAGUAGACAAACUGCAGCAGGAGUUCAAGUGCUGUGGGAGCAACAACUACUCAGACUGGGCCGACAGCCUGUGGAUCAAAUCUCCAGAGGCCAGUGGACGGAAAGUGCCAGACAGCUGCUGUAAGACGAUAACUGACUUGUGUGGCCGAAGAGACCAUCCCUCCAACAUCUACAAGGAG